AUGUCUUCUGGGUUCUCCGGAGGAGGUUCCGAAUUCUACACCGCCGGUUUGAGGCCCACAAUGAACAACCUUAACCCGCAACAGCAAUUUUCUUACAGGUCCCCCACCGAAACGGCUUCUCAGAUCACGCCUUCACGCCGACCGGAUUUGAUCGGAAAACGAUCUCUGGCAGAUUUUCAACAGCAAAGUCUUCUUCAACAGCAGCAGUUACAGAAUCAAAACGGUUUGGGGUUUUAUCUGAGGAACGUGAAGCCCAGAACCAGUUAUCAGUAUGCAUCUCCGGUAUCUCCUUUAUCUCUUGUUGAAUUCUCUCCAGUUUCCUCCAUUUCGACCGAUGUAGCCGCGAUAUCUGCAAUUUCGAAUUCCCCGGCGAUAAACCGAAACCCGCGGUAUGGAGUUCCAAUUCUUCAGCAACUCGGACCUCAAAAUAUGAAUAACCCUCAUAUGCGUACUUCCUUUCCGAAUCUAGCACAGAACGGAGCGGGUUCGGGUAUAAAUACGGGUACAGCUCCUGGUCGGGAAUACUUUUUAACGCAAGAGUCGGAGAAGAAGAUGAUGAAUAAUCGGUUACAGGAGUUGGAAAAACAGCUCUUGUGCGAUGAAGAUGAAGAUGAACCGGUUUCUGUGGUGACCAACAGUGAGUGGUCUGAUACGAUCCAGAACCUGAUAAACCCGACCCAGAAGCCCAUUUCUCCCUCUCCGACUUCUUCCUCCUCAUCAUGUGCCUCCACUUCUGCUUCUCCGCUGCCUUGCCCCAAACAGUCCAUGAUCGACGCUGCAGUUGCGAUCUCUGAAGGGAAGACAGAAAUUGCGUUGGAAAUUCUCACGCGCCUCCGUCAGGUGGCCAACGCAACAGGCACUUCUGAACAGAGACUCGCCGCCUAUUUAGCCUCCGCUCUGAAGUCGCGCGUGAAUCCAUCCGAUAAUCCACCGGCGGUGUCGGAUUUGUACACUGAGGAACAUAUUAUCACGACACAAAUGUUGUACGAGGUUUCGCCGUGUUUUAAGCUCGGAUUCAUGGCAGCAAAUCUUGCCAUCCUCCAGGCUGCGUCGGAUCAAGUUUUUAACAAGCUUCAUGUUGUGGAUUUUGAUAUUGGGCAAGGUGGACAGUAUGAGCAUUUACUCCAUGCUCUCGCCGCCAAAAAUGGAGGAAAAAAGCUUGCUGUUUUGAAGAUCACCACCUUCACGGAUUUUAUCAGCGGCGGCGAAGAGAAGCUGAAGAUAGUUGGAGAGGAACUUAAAGCAUUAGCGAGUAAAAUAGGUGUUAGGUUCUGUUUCUGCAUAAUGAAUUCAAAUAUUUGUGAAUUGACAAGGGAGAAACUCGCCUUGGAUUCUGACGAGGCUUUGGCUGUGAAUUUCGCGUUUAAACUUUACAAGUUGCCGGACGAGAGUGUAACGACGGAGAAUUUGCGUGACGAGCUGCUCCGCCGCGUGAAAGGGUUGUCGCCUAAUGUGGUAACGGUGGUGGAGCAGGAAAUGAACGCCAAUACCGCGCCACUGGUGGCGCGUGUGAAGGAGGCAUGCGAGUAUUACGGCGCAUUGUUUGACUCGCUGGACGCGACUGUUGCGAGGGAUAACCCAAACCGUGUCAAGAUCGAGGAGGGACUGGGUCGAAAGAUGAGCAACUCGGUUGCGUGCGAAGGCAGAGAUCGUGUUGACAGAUGCGAAUUGUUUGGCAAGUGGCGGGCCCGGCUGAGCAUGGCUGGAUUUGAAUCCAGACCCGUGAGUCAACUCGUUUCGGACUCACUUCGAUUCAAACUGAAUUCAGGGACACGUGGCAAUCCAGGCUUCACCGUGAACGAACCUUGUGGCGGCAUCUCCUUCGGUUGGAUGGGACGAACACUCACCGUCACAUCUGCUUGGCGCUAA